AUGAUUGUUAAGUUAUUUACAACUCAUGUGACAAAUCAACGCCCCUUACUGUUCUUAGCAGUAAGGAGGAUGUCAAACUCGGUGAACAUAAAGUUCAAAUGGGGUCUGAGUACUUCGGACCCCGAACAGAAGCCUGUUCUGUUUGUGGGUCAAACGGCACACAUAGCAGCUCUGUCCUGGCAGGAUGUCCGCUGUAAGAUGGAACCUAGAGUUACUGAAGAGGUGUGGCGUCGUGCGGUGUCGGUGAUGGAAGGAGGCGAGGUGUGUGAGGUGUGGCCGCGGGGCGUCGCCCUGGGUGCUCUGCCCCCUCGUCGCUCCCGUCACGCGGCGCCCGCUCGGUCACACGCGCUGUCCAAGCUGGUCAGGACGUCCCUGAGGUCCGCAGCCAACGAGUUUGUCGUGUUGGUGUGUCGCAAGCGGGACGUGUUGUCGAGCGCGGUGAGUGUAGCGCGCGCCGUGCCGCUGUACUCGGCCAGCUCCGGGCCCGCGCCGCUCGCCCACGGGACGCAGCACGAGCCGGCCGGCGCCGCGCCCCGCACGCUCACCGUCGAGAUACAACUAGUACAGGACGACGGUGUGGACGAGGAUGAGGACUUGGAGUCCGCGGAUCCAACGCUGAGGGACGGCGUGCUGUCCACCGACGACCUCAAGACUAUACAGGACGUGGCAGACGCGACCCGCCUGGCCGCGAGGAUCACUGACACACCCGCUAACAUCAUGGACGUGGACGCGUUCAUACAGGAAGCUAUAAACCUGGCCAAAGAGCUGGAGAUCCCCCCGCCCACGAUCAUCCGCGGCGAGGAGUUGAAGGCGCGCGGUAUGGGCGGGCUGUACGGCGUGGGCAAGGCGGCCGCCCGCCCGCCCGCCCUCGUGGCGCUAUCCUACCGCCCGCCCUCCGCCAGCCAGACGGUGGCGUGGGUCGGGAAGGGCAUCGUGUACGACACCGGCGGCCUCAGUCUCAAGGCUCCCAAGUCCAUGUGCGGUAUGAAGUACGACUGCGGCGGCGCGGCGGCCGUGCUGGGCGCCUUCAGUGCGGUGGUGAGGGCGCGGCCGUCUGUGUCGCUCCACGCGGUGCUCUGUCUGGCUGAGAACGCGGUCGGCCCGCUCGCAACCAGGCCGGACGACAUCCACACCCUGUACUCGGGCCGCACGGUGGAGAUCAACAACACGGACGCGGAGGGCCGGCUGGUGCUGGCGGACGGCGUGGUGUUCGCUCACAGGGACCUCAAGGCCGACACCAUCGUGGACGUGGCCACGCUCACCGGCGCGCAGGGUAUAGCGACGGGCAAGUACCACGCGGCCGUGGUGUCCAACAGCGGCUCCCUGGAGGCCAGCUGUGUGCGCGCGGGUCUCGUCAGCGGCGACCUCACACACCCACUGCCCUUCGCCCCGGAGCUACACUUCUAUGAGUUCAGCAGCGCCGUCGCCGACAUGAAGAACAGCGUCGCGGACCGUGAGAACGCCCAGUCGUCGUGCGCGGGUCUGUUCAUCCUGUCUCACCUCGGGUUCGACUUCCCCGGCCGCUGGCUGCACGUCGACAUGGCCGCGCCCUCCAGAUGUGUACGGACACUUUAUAUAUCACAUACAAUCCCCUCGCCUUAA